CCCAAUUUUUCAAAGCCGAAUCUGAUUCAUUCUGCUUCGUAUAUGCGAUACUUUUCAGAGUAGAAUUCCAAAAUUAGCUGCCACGAAAAUGCAAGGUGGAUCAACCGGCAUCGGCUAUGGUCUCAAAUAUCAGGCGAGAUGCAUUUCGGAUGUGAAAGCGGAUACAGAUCACACCAGCUUCCUCACCGGUACACUCAGCCUCAAAGAAGAAAAUGAGGUGCAUUUGCUAAGGCUUUCGUCUGGCGGUACUGAAUUGAUCUGCGAGGGUUUGUUUUCGCACCCGAAUGAAAUCUGGGAUCUCGCUUCUUGUCCUUUUGAUCAACGGAUUUUCUCAACUGUAUUCUCUUCCGGGGAGACAUAUGGGGCAGCAGUAUGGCAAAUCCCUGAGUUGUAUGGCCAGCUGAGUUCUCCUCAAUUGGAAAGUGUUGCUUCUCUAGAUGGCCACACUUGCAAGAUUAGAUGUGUACUCUGGUGGCCUACUGGAAGACAUGACAAGCUAGUUAGUGUUGAUGAGCAGAAUCUCUUCCUGUGGAGCUUAGACACUUCAAAGAAGACUGCUCAGGUACAAUCACAAGAAUCAGCUGGCAUGCUUCAUUAUUUAACUGGCGGAGCAUGGGAUCCUCAUGACUCCAAUUCCAUUUCUUUAACAUGUGAUUCAUCAGUUCAGCUUUGGGAUUUGAGGACAAUGAAGAAGACCAAUUCAAUUGAGCAUGCGCAUGUCCGUAAUGUGGACUAUGACAUGAAAAAGAGGUACACACUUGUAACCGCUGAAGAUGAAUCAGGCAUUCAUAUAUGGGACCUUAGAAAGCUGAAGUUUCCAGUUGCAGAUCUUCCUGGGCAUCCACACUGGACGUGGACUGUUAAAUGUAAUCCUGUGUAUGAGGGCCUGAUUCUGAGUGCUGGAACUGAUUCAGCUGUCAAUUUGUGGUUGGCCUCUUCCCUAGGCCGGAAUGAUUCGGCAUCAGAUAGUUUGGCGGCGCCCCCAACCCGGAGGAUAGAACCUUUGCUGAAUUCCUAUAAUGACUAUGAAGACAGUGUUUAUGGUCUUGCUUGGAGUUCCCGGGAGCCAUGGAUAUUUGCAUCAUUGUCGUAUGAUGGAAGGGUGGUUGUAGAAUCAAUAAAACCUCAUCUUCCUAGAAAAUGAAAUGGAACCAUGUAGUAAGUGCAAAUUCUUAAACCCAGUUUCUCUUGUGAUUUCCUUAAUCUGGUUUCCCUUACCAGAUAUACAGCAUUCUGUUCAAACCAGAUACUCAUGAAAACUUUUAGAAACCUGAUCUCACCGACACCGAUCACAUUUGUGAAAUCUACUUUGUAUGAAGACUGUAUUUCAUAUUUCAGCUUUGCUACAAUUUUGUAAGAUGAAAUUUCUUUUCUUUUUCUUUUUGAAACGUACUUGUCCUAUUUCAUCUUCUACCAUCAUAUGUAUUGUGUAGUCAUGGACCGUUGGAUUUUCUAUGCAAGUUGGAUUGGCUGUUAUUAA